GCACGUGUAGCCCUCCUGCACAUCCGCAUCCUUUGAUACCCUACCGCCCUCGCACACCUCAAGACCCUUGCCAUCUCCCCCAACUACAUAUCGAUGAUCACACUCACCGACGCGGACAUCCUCACGCUUGCUCGCACAUGCCCAUGUCUCGUUGUCCUUAAACUAGGAAUGCGCAACACGCCUGCAUCCCUAUGUGCGUUGGGCUUCUUUGUGAGGCGUUCCCAUGGGCUGCGCGAGGUCUUUCUCCGUGUGGACGCACGGAUCAAUGCGCUCGGAAUAUCCUUUCCGAACGACAAUGACAACGAUCCAGUGGGGCUGCAACCCAACACGUGCCUGUUCAAAUUGGACAUAGGGGAGUCGCUUAUUUCGCUGGGCCCCUUGCGCCCACCGACGGCGCCGGACCUGAUGAGAUCCAUCCCACGGUUCCUGCACGCGAUCGCGCCGUGCGUCGAGAGAAUCAUAAUGACAGCAGAUGAGGCAUGGUUAUCUGGGAAGUAUGGCCGGAGAUGGAAGGUGGUGUCGAACGCUUUGUCGGUAAUGGCGAAAGAUGCGAAAGAUGAAGUUGAGGAUAGAAUGAUUUAUUUGGUGGUCCGUUUUAGAUGGAUAUAUAGGCAGCGAGAUUGUGUUGGCCCACCGGAUGUGUGCGCGAGGUGAGCGGGAGUACACGAACCGAUACCAUAUUCAGCUGUUACAACUAGUAUGUAAUUUAACAUGAGGCAGGGUUGCUCGGAGUCAAAGUAAGAUAUCAGAGUAUGAGACAGUUAUGCAUGAGGAUUGAGGUAAAAAGUUCAAGCUAUAAUACGUGAUGAUACUGCGAGAACUACAGGACUGAUAGAUCCCUAGGCGGCAAUUGAGGCUUCUCAGGCGACCUCGGGAUAAUUCUGCAACAUGCGCCUGAUGCCAGUCUCUGGAA